AUGCAUAGUCGCGUUAUCAAAAAGCUCAUUAUCUGCACAGCAUUAAUGAUCAUUGCUCCGUUGCUCACAUUCUUCGUGAGCAGAGCCGUGUUUAGCAACUCCAUCGUGUCUGGAGGCUUGGCGGCCUUGGUGGCCAACAUCGUGUUGAUUGGCUACGUGAUUGUUGCGUUUAACGAGGAUAUUGACAAAGAUACGAAAGAGAAGAAAGAAGAAGAGCCUCUAGUGUUUUGGUUCCUUGUUAUUUCGUGUAUUGUACUAUCAACAUUUCUAUAUUCAAACGUUAACUCUGGCCAAUUCCUCACGGCCGGCCUUGGUGUAGAGGUACUCGUUGUAGUCUCUGGCCCAAACCCAAACUUCCCAGACAAUCAAGGCUGGAACAGUAAUGUACAAGAACUGGGCCUUGGUUCUUCUGAAAGUGUUGAAGAAUGCGUUCUCAAGAGAACCCUUCAAUGGAGAUUGAGCGUAAGGAGAAACAGUGUAUUGAGCGAUGUAUUUCUGCUUUGGGGAGCCUGGAACGUUAGUUUGCCGAAAUUCCAACGUGUUUACUUACCAAUGUGA